GAUUAGGUUUCUGAGGCCCAUGUGAAUGAAAGUGUUAAAAAGAAAAAAAAAAACCCUUGAUACCCCGCUGCCGCCGCCGGUACGAGAGUUCAGGCGAGAAAAUUUUGCAUUUUUUUUUGCUCGCCGUUAACGCUGUCUCGCGAGGACGUCCUGCUACUGCCACCUCCUCCGCCGCGGCUGCCGCUGCGGUUGGCGACUGAACUCUGUCGUAGCAGUUUAUUUCGCCGACAAGGUAUCCAUAAAUGAGAUCAUAUCCAUUGUUUCCUGCUUUAAUUCGAAGAUGGAGUGUAGGUCAGAGAUCGAAUUCGUCAAAUUGUAUCAGUAUAGCUCGAUAUUUCUCAUCAUAUUCUCGUAAUCAUCAUUAUCGCCACCGCUGUUUCAAUGGCCAAGCUAUUUGGGCUUAUUCAAAAUUGCGGGUAAUUUCCGAUCUUCACAAUGCGAUUUUUCCUCCCAGAACUGCCUCUGAUGUUCCUUCCUUUUUCAAUCCCCUGUUCUACUCGUCUUCUUCUGACCUACCUGUUCAUCCCUACUCAUCUUCUUCUGAGCUACCUGCUGCGGAUGAAUAUAGUAGUGGCUCAGUAAACGAUGGUGGUAAAGGUGGGGACUUUGGUCCUGCUUCGAACAAGAUAUACGAAGCCAUAAUGUCCUCCUCAGGCUCAAGUGGAAAAUUGGAGGAUGCUCUAGAUUCGCUUGCCAUCGUACUAACCACUGGACUGGUAGAUGAUGUCUUGCAAAUGUUGCGUUAUGAGGAGAAAUUGGCUUUCAGGUUCUUCACCUGGGCAGGCCACCAAGAUGGCUAUACCCAUGUGCCUUCGACAUUCAAUUUCAUGAUCGAUGUAUUGUCAAACACAAGAUACAAGUCUAAACAAUUUGGUGUUGUGUGUGAUAUCUUGGACCAUAUGAAGAGAAGCAGCAAGAAGUCUGUCCCAGUUAAUGCCUUGGUGACAAUCUUGCAGACCUACACAGAGAACCAUUUGACUCAUAUUAAGAAAUUUGCAAAGAAGAGAAGAAUAAGGAUGAAGACUCCGCCCGCAACUGAUGCAUUUAACUUGCUACUGGAUGCUCUCUGCAAGUGCUACCUUGUUAAGGAAGCAGAUACAAUGUUUCACCGAUUGAAGAACAAAGUCACACCGAAUGCAGGAACAUAUAAUAUUAUGUUCUUUGGGUGGUGCAGAGUGAGGAACCCAAAACAGGCCAUUAAACUUCUCGAGGAAAUGAUUCAGAUGGGGCAUAAACCUGAGAAUUUUACAUACAAUGCUGCAAUUGAUUCCUUUUGCAGUGCUGGAAUGAUAAGUGAAGCGGAAGAGCUUUUUGAGUUUAUGAGAACUGAAGGAUCAACCAUAUCUUCACCCACUGCCAAGACUUACUCUAUAAUGAUUGUAGCAUUCGCAAAGUUUGAUAAGAUGGAUGCUUGCUUUACAUUGCUUAGUGAUAUGAAAACAAGGGGUUGUCUUCCUGAUGUUUCAACCUACAAGGAAAUCAUCGAAGGGAUGUGUUUGGCUGGAAACAUUGAAGCGGCUUAUAAGGUACUGUUGGAGAUGGCUGAGACAGGUUUCCGACCAGAUAUUCUUACUUAUAAUUGCUUUUUGAAGGUUCUCUGCGACCUGAAGAAGGAUGAAGAAGCUUUACUGCUAUGUGAUAAGAUGAUAGAAGCUGGUUGUGAGCCUAGCAUUCACACUUAUAACAUGUUAAUGAAAAUGUACUUUGAGAUGGGUGAACCUGAUAGGGCAAUUGACAUGUGGCAAGAGAUGAAUAGGAGACGAUGUACAUAUGCUGCAGAUACAUAUUGUAUCAUGAUUGAUGGGUUAUUUAACUGUGACAGAGCAGAGGGGGCAUGUUGCCUUCUCGAUGAGAUAAUAGAACGGAGGAUUAAACUCUCCUAUUCUGGCUUUGAUGCUAUUUUGUUGCGAUUGUCAGAAAUUGGUAAUCUCAGUGCCAUCCAUAGGCUUUCAGAGCAUAUGAGAACGUUCUAUAAUGUUGCCAUGGCUAGACGUUUUGCAGUACGUGAAAAGAAGAAGAGAAUUAGCUUAAGGAGGAUAUGAUUUUUCAGAGGCAAGUUCAAGAUGAAUUGUGUAGCUACUAAUGUCUGAUUUGGGAUAAAACUGAUAGAUUUAGCGUAGAAGUGCAGCUACCAUUGAUAAAGAAGGAAAACUAAUUUGGACUAUGUUAUACUUGUUGAGUGAAUUUUCUUUAUCCUGUCAAGUUAUGUUAAAAGAGCAAGUUGAUCUCAGAGAUGAGUUCUUUGUCCACUGCUGAUAUGUGAAUUAGUGGUAACCUUCGUGGUGCUUCGAUCUACAACGAAAUGAGUGAAGAGCUGUGUUUGGAUGAAAAUGUUGAUGCAGCUUAUAAGGUAUCCUUGGAAUGGCAGAGACAGACUUCUGUCCAUAUAUUCUAAUUUAUUAUUGCUUUCUGAAAAUAUUCUGCAGCCUGAAGAAGUAUGAAGAAGCUUUAAUACCAUGCAACAGGAUGGUGAGGCUGACUGCGAGCCUCCCAUUUAUCCUGAUAACACAUUGGAGAUCGGUGAUCCAGCCAUUGCAAGUUCGUCUCAAUGCCUAUUGUCUGCUCCUAUAUAUCAGUUCGCUUGUUGGUCGAUUCAAAUGGUUUGGACAAAAUUAGAUAAAGCCCCCCUAUACCAGAUGGAGGUCACGAUUCAGAAGCAAGUUUUUGUAGUAAUACUGGAAGUCAUACACGUUCAAAUUGAUUAAAAUGAGUUUCAUAAUUGACCACGAAUAAACAUGCAGUGUAUUGUGACAAAGCUAGUUAAACAUUAUGCUGAGGAAAACUAAGGAUGCUGAUCUGAAUGUUAGUGGUUU